AUGCAGCAUAUUAUUUUCGUUGUGAAGGGGGACGGAUUCCACUAAAAUCGAUCAUUAUAUCACUGUUUUCUACAAAUGUGAUUUAGUUUUUUUGUAAAAACAUGCAACACUAAAAUGUCUUUGCUUUAAACAUACCGGAGAAGCUGCUCCUUUCUGCAAGGAUGGCGACACAGGCAGAAAUAAAGCAGAGGAACUUGGAGAGUUCCAUUCUGUAUCUCCAGCAGGAACAUAGCACCACUUUGAAAGGUCUCCAUGAAGAAAUACAACUGUUACAAAAGAAAAAUUCAGAGUUGACGUUCCAGGUUGCUAUGUUCUCUACUUCAACAUCAGAAGAAGGUGCAUUGCGAAAAAAGGUGGAAAUUUUGCAACAUGACUUGAAGGAUCUCAAAGUUAGUAAUAAUGAAUAUGAUGAACAACUCACAAAAAAGGACCGUAAGAUCUCAGUUCUGGAGCAGCAACUUCGUGCACAGGAAAAGAAAUUUGCUGAUGAACUCAAAACAUUCAAGUCUCGAUUUAAAUCGGCUCAUGCUGAACUGGAUGCAAAAUCAGCCAACAUAGCGCAGUUGACUCAUCAGCUGCACACAGCUAGGAAGGAACUGAUGCUGAGAGAGUCACAAAGUCCCGAUCUUCUAGUUCAUCAGCCUGCACCACCAAAAGAGUCCGCGCCUCGCUCAGGAAUUGGCAGAAGAAUACGAAAAAAUAUCAUAUCUGCUGACUUUCAGGACAAACGUCCACAUUCUAGUAGUUCCAGUGGAUCAAGUUCACGUGAUUUACUUGAGCCCGUACUGCAUCCUCCACCUGAUCCAACACCAUUCCUUCCACGUAGAUCUUCAGGUCCGAAAGAUCUUGCCGUCCACAUAAAAAAGAAACAGGAUCCCCUUCCUCCAAUAUUGCCUCACACUCUCAGUGCUGAACAUUCUAAGUCAAACUUGCGCCACCAUGCUCUUGGUCGUGUGAAGCUUACCACGGACCCUAGGGGGAAGGAUCAUGUUGUUAAGUUAGCUGUUGAUCAUAUGCCGGGGUCUGAUGUGUGGCGGCAGGCAGAAUCCAAGAGUGCUGAGAACAGGUGAAAGGUGCUGUCAUUGCUAAGACCAAGUGCUGUUGAAAAAAUUAUUUUCUGGAUUAAAAAACAUUCCAAACUAUUUGUCAGUUGUGUCAACCUGUGCUUUGAAUUGUUUUUGAUUGUGGAAAAAAAUUAUGUUGCUGAGUGUUUUCAAAGUAAUUUGCAUAAUACAUGUAUUUAAUACAUGUACAUCAUGUUGUGAUAACUGUUUCGACUGCUGUUACCAUUUCUUUGACGUCAUGUUGUUGUUGAAAAUUUUUUUUCAUCCAUCCCGUCUACAAGGUACUGUUGCAAUUGAUUGUAAAUUUGUGUAUGAUUUCCUGUAGUGUGAAUUUCGGUGUACAAUGCACUUUGUGGAUACUUGUUAAAAAAUGGCAGUCAAGAAGUGUCAAAGUGCCGAAUGAUUCAUGCUUGAUUUGACAGUUAGUCUGCACCAAGGCCGAUUUAUUAAGGUCGCGCUGCCGGCAGAGCGAGUCACACAAUGAAGAGGGAUAAUUCUUCUGUGCUAAACAUUUUUCUGAUCUACCUUUAUUAGGUUUUCUUUGUAUCCUUCACCACAUGACGUGAAGUGGUCAAAAUGUGAGCACUUAAAUUUAAUAAAUAUUGAAUCCUGAUAUUUCUUAACUUAGAUUUUGAUUUAUACUACAUCGUUGUAUUUUAAAAGCCCUUGGGUCUGUGUCUUUUUGCAGAUGCAAAUGUACUUAGUUUGUCUUUUUUUCGAAUUUGGAAAGAUGGCACAUUGUUUUUUUUAACGUUCUGUGAUGAUAAGAAUAUGAUCAAUACAAUUGAUGUAAUGUGUUUUUCUGUAAAGAUUUUAUGUAAAUGUUUUAAUUUAAGAGCAGAUAUUUCUCUUUGUCUCGACUGUCAUUUCACAUCAUGCAACAACUUGGCCUAAGCUCACCUCAUACCAUAUUUUAUUGGUCUGUCAUCAUACUGGUAUGAAGUACAGUGAUGAUGCAUGUUUGUAUGUGUUGCAGGCUUUUAGUUAAAUGCAUUUUAUCAUGUUAGAAAUAGUACACUGAAAGAAUUUAUGCAUUUAAGAUAAGAGCUGGCUGACCCCUUCAAAACUGCUGGACGUUGUCCAAAUUGUUGUGUUAGUACAAAGGUUACUACAAAACUUUUGAAUCGGAAGUUAUGUUCAUUUGAUAUGUACAUGUAUGUGUAGCUAAGUCCAAUGGAGGGCCGUCCAUUUUAAUACAAUGUACAUCCAAAUGAUUUCUACUGCUCUUUGUACUGUUUAGUCUUGGUCAAGCUUCAGAUUUGCUGACUUCAGAGCUUGUGAAUACCGAGUGUGGGAAUUGUUUCGUCAAUUCUGUGUAGUUCACAUGUCAACUUUGUCAGGCUGCAAAAUGACGUCCUUUCAUUCAUUUUGAGGAACGAAACGAUAAAGCAAUCAUGUUUUCAUUCCAUCUGCAUUAGUUUUUGAUACAGCUGCAUUUUAUCAAGCAAUUUUUUGUGUUGUGAAAGAUUGAUUUUAGUGAAUAAAAUUGAUAACAAAACAA